AUGUUGGGAACCAGCUGCUGCUACCGUGUCUGUGCGUGGGGGAGAAAAAGGCGUGGCCUUGCUGCAGGUGGUGAUCACGGUGGAAAGGAGGAGCUGCUUGGUUGUUUGAGGGCUGAACCCAAGAGCUCACACAGUUGCCCAAGUGAACAAAGCAACUUCGAUGCAUGUGGCACCACGAACACUAUUGGCCAAGUCCAAACAACUUCUCCUGCCAGCAUCACUCUCACCACAGCUGGGACCCACUAUUUUAUUUGCACCGUUCCCGGACACUGUGCUGCCAACCAAAAGCUCUCUGUCGCGGUCACUGGCCCUUCAGCCACCACUCCCGCCUCAGCUCCUGCUCCUGCUCGUAUAGCUUCCAGUCCCGCUACCACCCCAAGCCCUGCUGGUGGAGCUCCUUCCACCGCUCCCGCCGCCACAUCCACAACCACACCCACUCCUGCAACUGCCUCAAGCCCCACUGCUUUAACCCCUGCUGCUGCUCCCGCCGUUAACCCUACCACCGCACCGACUUACCCCACCAGUCCUUCAACCCCAACCGAUGUUCCUACCUCUCCCUCAAGCAAUCUCACCACCCCUGCUUCAUCAUCUCCCGCUGCAGAUGCACCAGCCGAAAAUUUUGCAACUUGCAGCAGUAUUACUAGCUUAUUGAGUUUAGUGUCUGUUGCUAUUGCGACUUUAAUUAUCUAA